GGGUGGGAGGGAAGUGGGGGAAGCUAGGGCGUUGUUUACGUUUACGAUUUAUAUUCUGUGACGAACAGGUUGCUCAGUCACUUCAUUUAUUCCUCUAUUUUCCUUUUCAAGUAUUACAAUCCAUCACAGAAAAUGAUUUCCCUUCGAAGAGAAAGUCACAUUUUUGUCCUCACGAUCGUUUUAGUAGCUUUCUUAAACCCAGCUAAUGCCAUACAGUGCUACCAAUGUGAGAGCACGGACCACGAUAAUCCAUUCCAGUGCUCUGAGUUCAUGCCAGAAGACACAGAAUUGCAACCCACUUCAUGUGAUAAUGUGCACAAUGCACAGUAUUGUGUGAAAUUGGUGGGGCGUAACAGAGUGGCAGGCUGGUUUUGGUCCGGUGAUGUGAUCAAGUGCUAUCAGUGCUCCUCUCAUGACAACUUGGACUGUGCGGAUAAUAAUAUUCAGGAUGGAUCCAUUAAACCCCUUGAUUGCAGUCACAUUCAUGAAGCUAAGUACUGCGUUAAAACGGUUGGACGCAACUCAGGGGUGUACACCACAUCCAGGCAAUGUUCGUCGGUGGAUUUAGGAAACUACUGUGAUUACAUAAAACUCACAGGGGAUGUUAUGGACUACAGAUCCUGUGUUUACACCUGUGAAUCAGAUGGGUGUAAUGCUGCAGAUAGCCUAGCAAGGCCAAGUGUUGGUGUUUUGCUUUUAUCCGUUGUUGCUCUAUGCACUGGAAUGUUUUUAAUGUAGUUUUCUUUUUAAAUGUUGACCUCUUUCUUUUGUAAGAUGUUUUGGGGGUCUGUUUUAUCUUUAAAUUUUGAACAAAUGUUGAAUGUAUAUGUUGUUUACUAGUGGUACUGUAAAUUUAUGGAGUCAAAAUGUGGUAGACUGUUUAUAAUAUACACUCUCCAAAACUUAUUUUAAGUUUUCAGAUUUGUAAAGAUAGUUUUACAUUGAAUCUGUUUUUUAUUGCUUGCUGCAUUCAUUUGUAAGUCAUCAUAACAUUGCAGCUGUCUAUUGUUAUAGCACAUUUAUGUACCUGAGUUUCAUAAAUAUUGUCAACUUCAUCUUGUACUUCCAGAACACAAGAUCUGAUAUUGUUUUAAUUUAUUGCCAUUUAUUCCCAUCUUGAAUCAUAACCUUUGUAUCAUUUGGUAUUUAACAUUUUUUUAAAAAUGUAUUUUCUAAAAAUAUCAGUUUGCUUAAAAAACUUUUGACUCUUUCCACCCUUUUUUUCAUUCCUUAGUGGUGGCUUAAGAGCAAAUCUUGUGCUUAAGUUAGAAGGGGUGAAUCAUAUAUUUCAUGUCAAUUUAAGCACCCAAAUUGGUGUACUGUACUCCAGAAUACCUCGUUUUGCCUUCAAAUGAUUUUCAACAAAGGCGGUGCAAUGAUAUUUUUCUAUUUUUACACUUCUUUUUUCUUUUUUGUGAAAAUUCUGUCUUAAUAGUUUAAGAGAAAACUUUGUAAUUUUUAGGUUUACAUGUAUCCGUCCAGUAAAAAAACAUGUCUAAUUAAAAACUACAGUCCAGUAGUGAUGCUGUUCAAAAGAAAAUAAAACAAUAUUUCAGAACUUCACAUAA